AUGGCAUCUAUAACCCUCAAGCUAGCUCUCGCCAACGAUACCCAACCCGGUUACAACCUAACAACAAGACCACAUCUUCACCACAGUGGCGGCCACGCCCCCCGCCCCGUCAGCACGAAAAUCAUUCAACUCGCCACAGGCGCCGCCAUCGAUGUUCUACAUCAAAGCCGGGAGGUCGAGGAGAGAAGAAUUGGUCCCGGUCAGGACACAACGGGCUCGAAAAUUGCUGCUCUUGUCUUGGCGAAAGGAAUGCAGGAUGCGGCAGCGGGCUUCCAGUUCCACUGA